AUGGUGGCUUCUUCGGAUGGUCCGAUGCUUUACACCAGUAGUCUUGCCGUGAGAUCCUAUGGUCCAGUGCUUUCUAUGAGUCGUCUUGGAUGUAGUAGUUCUCAUCGUUAUGUUUGGGAUUCUUUUAUUCGGACGUGGAGACGUUCGUUUGCUCUCUUAUAUUCGUCAUCUUCCAUUGAUUCUACCACAUCAUCAUCGUAUAUGUUUCGGGAGUAUGGAGCUGGAUUGAAUGUGUGGAUUCAUCGUUGA